GAAUUGUAUUGUUGUUCUUAUUUAUGUUUUCCUAUUUAUAUUUUAGCACGCUUUUAAAAAAUUUAGCCCAGAGCAUUUAACUUUUUGAACAAAAUGAAUAUCCACUGGAGAAAAUACGUUCUUUGGUUUGCCCAAGAACAUGUUGAUUUUCGAAAGGCUGAAAUAGACUCCAUCGCAAAGUUGUUCGACCUAAAAUUUAAUAAACUCUGUCCUGAAUCUUUGAAACCUUUUUGGAUAGUGGAGUUCCCGAAUGAAGAGACGGCUCUUAAAAUUGCUUCGCGUUCUGUUUUGUUGCGAUGUGUAUUAGAACUUUGGUCACACUCAACGUCAUUGCCACAAUUCCACAAUAAUGUUCGUCACUACAUUUCUCAAAAAGAAAACCAGACCCAACAAUACUUUCAAAGUAAUUGUUCAUUCAAAAUCAACAUCGAAACAUAUAACAAACACUUUAGUCAAAAGGAAAAAAUCACAAAAAUCGAAACAUUCGACUAUCUUCCUCUCGAAGGCCGUGUUGACUUAAAAAAUCCAUGCGUUGAGUGGUGGAAUAUUGAAUUCUAUGGUCUAAACCCUCAGGAUGUCCCAGAGGAACCUGAUGAUUUACUUUUUGGCCGAUUGGUAGCAAACGGACAACGUCAUUUGAUUAAGGAAUUCUCGCUAAAGAAGCGCAAAUUCAUUGGCAACACUAGUAUGGAUGCUCAGUUGAGUUUACUGAUGGCAAAUCAGGCCAUGGUACAACGCGGUGAUUUGGUUUUUGACCCAUUUGUUGGUACCGGUUCAUUACUUGUUAGUGCAGCAAAGUUUGAAGGUUUUGUAAUGGGUGCAGAUAUAGAUUAUAUGAUGCUUCAUGCCAAAGCCCGUCCAAGUCGAAUUACUCAAAAAGUUCGAGAAAAAGAUGAAAGCAUUUUGGCAAAUCUCAAGCAAUACGGAUGCGAAAGAUUCUACAUGGAUGUCGUUGUGUCAGACUUCUCGAACCCACUUUGGAGAGAAGAAAUAAGAUUCGAUAGCAUCAUUACUGACCCUCCAUAUGGUAUUAGAGAAGCAAUUGAAAAAAUAGAGACAAAAACGUCCAAUAAAACGCAAACCCGGAAUGAGGAUGCGCCGCACUACCCGUCUACCUCGCAAUAUUCUCUGCAUGAUUUAUUUUCAGAUUUGCUUGCUUUCGCCGCGAAACACCUUCGAAUUGGUGGACGACUAGUUUGCUGGGUUCCAUUUCAUCGAGAAGAUUAUUCAAAGGACUUUUUACCGCGAUCUAAACACCUUGUGCUUGUUGCGAAUUCGGAGCAGCCACUAACUGGACAAACAAGUCGAAGGCUUUUGACUUAUGAAAAAAUAUCUGAACCCUUGGAUGAAUGUACACCAGAAACCGAGAUAAUUGAAUUUCGGGAACGCUAUUUUGAUAGUGGACUAGAAUCAAGGACCGAACGUAGAACACGUAGGGCUGAAUUACGUGAGAUAGGUAAACAGGAAGCCCUGAAAAGGGGAAAAGUACUGACAAAAGAUGGAAAAACCCACAAGACCGAGUUAAAUAAAAGUCGGAGGGCGAAUUUAUAAGGUA